AUGUACGAAGACGGAAAAAUGUACCAAGGGGAUCAACACUACAAUAAGAAUGGUAAGAACGAGGGAGCAAUGAAAAUGCAGAAGGGUCACAAAAAGGGACAUAAGAUUAAGGGUUUCAAGAAUUCCUCUCAGAAGCUGGAAACUGGAAAAACUGAAGAGUUCUACGAUGAAGCCAACGAUGAAGGAGACCACUACAUGUACAACGGCCAAUCAGGAAGCUUCGGCGAGAAAGCUGGAUCUGCAUACCAUGGGGGCAAGCAGGAAGGCAAAUUCAAUCAUGAGUCAGCCGGCAAGGAAGGGCACUUCAACAAGGGGUACUUCCAAGAUAGUCACAAAGGGAACAGUGGCAGAUACGGAGAGAAGAAGUUCAACGAAGAAGGAGGCAUCUAUGGAUUCAAUAACGGUGCAGGCGUCACUAAUAUGGCUGGUCACGAUAUGCACAAGAGCUUCUUUAAGAAACAUCCAUUCUAUCACAAUUAUUAUUGA